AUGUUAUUGAAAUCUCCGUUGAGACGGCUUCUGUUCUUGCAAGGUAAUCUUCAUGAGCGUGUUUCUCUUUUACGGAAAAAACUGGACGAAAUGCAGUUGGCCAUUGAUGCGAACCCGAUGGAUGUUUCUCUUAGAGAAGCUGAAGCUACAUGUCUUCUAGAGUUCCAAUCUGCUUCGUAUGAUGAGGAAUGUUUCCUAAAGCAGAAAUCUAAAGCGGAUUGGUUGGCUGCUGGUGACUCGAACACAAAGUAUUUUCAUAAUUGUGUCAAGAUGAGAAAUGCUUGCAUGAAAAUACAUAGCAUUCAAGAUGCUUCUGGUGAUCGAUUCCAUGGUGACGAUGUGUAUGGAGUGCUGGUUUCUCACUAUUCUGAGUUUUUGGGUGUGCAAGAUCAGGUGGUCCCCUUACCUGGUAUUUUUACGUUCCCGAAUGUCUUGGAUCCGAUCGUGGCCACCAAUAUGGUGCGUCCAGUGUCUAUUGAGGAGGUAAAAAAUGCUAUUUUUUCUAUCGGUGAGAAUAAGGCUCCGGGGCCGGAUGGGUAUACUUCGGCUUUCUUUAAAAAUUCUUGGGAGAUUGUGGGCAGUGAGGUUACAAAAGCGAUCCGUGACUUCUUCGAUAAUGGCAAACUUUUGCAGCAAAUCAAUCAUACUAUUAUAGCUCUUGUCCCGAAAGUGGCUACUCCUAACACAGUGGUUGAUUACCGUCCGAUUUCGUGCUGCAAUGUGAUUUAUAAAUGCAUUAGUAAGAUCUUAACGGAUAGAAUUAAAGGUAGUUUGGAUGUGCUUGUUGACAUUAACCAGUCGGCAUUUGUGCCAGGAAGAAAGAUUUCUGACAAUAUCUUACUGACCCAAGAACUGAUGCAUAACUACCACCUAAGGAUUGGGCCUUCACGGUGUGCGUUCAAAAUUGACAUACAAAAAGCUUAUGAUACGGUUAGCUGGUCUUUCUUGGAAAGUAUCCUUCGUGCUUUUGGGUUUCACCACAAGAUGGUGAAUUGGAUCAUGAUUUGUGUUACCACUGUGUCUUAUUCGUUAAGCAUUAAUGGUAAUCUUUAUGGGUUUUUCAAGGGUAAAAGAGGGUUGAGGCAGGGGGAUCCAAUAUCGCCUUAUCUUUUUACUUUGGUAAUGGAGGUCUUAUCGUUACUUCUUAAAGAUGCGGCCACCAAAAGUAAUGCUUUUAGAUAUCAUCUUCAUUGCAAAAAGCAAAAGAUCAUUAAUGUCUCGUUUGCGGAUGAUUUGUUUAUGUUUGCAAAUGGUGACUUAGCUUCGGUCAAGGUGUUAAGAGACGCACUUCAGAAUUUCACAAACAUGUCGAGUCUUGUCCCUAGUAUGCCAAAGAGUACGGUUUAUUUCGGGAAUGUUCCUCAGUCGAUUAAACAAGGUAUUCUGCAUAUUAUGCCUUUCAAAGAGGGUACGCUUCCUGUCCGUUAUUUGGGUGUUCCUUUAAUAUCGUCUAGGCUCUCUUAUAAGGAUUGCAAAAUCCUAGUUGAGAAAAUGGAGAAGAAGAUUGAUAACUGGAUGACGAGAUCAUUGUCAUUUGCUGGUCGGUUGCAACUGGUUAACUCGGUCCUAUCAGCAAUGCACAUUUAUUGGGCUGCAGUUUUUCUCUUGCCAGCUAAAUUAGUGAGUGAUCUUAAAAGACGUAUGCGUGCAUUCUUAUGGACUGGUAAGUAUCAGCAGAAUGUUAAACCUAAGGUUGCUUGGAAGAUUGUUUGUCUUCCAAAAAAUGAGGGUGGGCUGGGUAUUCGCUGCAUUGCGGAUGUCAAUAAAGCGCUCAUUUCGUCCCAUGUUUGGAGUGUGUUGACCAACAGGAAGUCGCUAUGGGUUCAAUGGGUUCACAUCUAUAAACUGAAGGGUAGAAGUUUUUGGGAGAUUCCUUGUAGGGGUAGUAUGACAUGGGGUUGGAGGAAAAUUCUUGCUUUACGCGAUUUGCUUCGGCCUUAUAUGUGGAAGGCUAUUGGUAAUGGCAUUAAUACGAAUGUUUGGAGCGACACUUGGUGUACGGAUUGUCCGAUCCGUGCUUAUGUGAGUCCGAGAAAUAUAGCAAAUGCAGGUUUUAACUUGCAAGCUACUGUGGCAGAGUUGGUGGAUUCUAACGGCCAUUGGAAGUGGCCGGUUGCUUGGUUUGAUUUGUUUCCCGUCUUAAUCAAUAUUCAUGAUUUGUUUGGAUUGACAUGGAAGUGUAUUCCGAGACACUCUUUUAACUUGUGGCUGGUUAUUAGAAACAAGCUUAAAACCCAAGAUAGAUUGUCCAUUUGGGAGGCGGGAAGUGCUACGAACUUGAACCUCAUGUGUUGCCCCUUGUGUAACUAUGGUAAGGACUCGAGGGACCAUUUGUUUUUUGAAUGCUUCUACUCUACAGAGGUUUGGGAUAGUAUCAGGGAUAUGGCAGGUAUGGAUGAGGUUAGUGGCCGAUGGACUGACAUAAUGCAAUGGAUGACGGUGAAUUCGAAUAUGCAGCAACCGGCCAACGUUACGAGUAGGCUGGUGGUCUCGGCAGCUUCUUAUUUUGUAUGGCAAGAAAGGAAUUCUAGGCUGUUCUCUCGGAACCAGCGUACGGCGAAGAUACUGGCUCAAGAGAUCAUUAAUAUCGUUCGUAUGCGUCUCAUGACUCUAAAGUUCAAGAUGGGUUUUGUGAGCAGACAGUUUCUUGAGAAGUGGAAGAUUCCGGAUAGGAACUUGGUCAUUGAUCCUGGCUAG